AUGCCGACGGAGACGUUAUCAUCUGUUUUUGUGCUCGUCGUCCUUGUGACGACAAGCGGCCUUUUCCCCUGCACUGAGGCGGCAUUUGUGGCCUCGUCGUCCAUCGAGUACUGCGAGCGCAGUAGUAAUGGGGAACCGUUUCCAUGUGAAAAGAAGAUGGUUGUGGGGCUCUCCGUGGGCAGCGAGCAAACAAUUGAGGCUGAAGAGGUUGUUCUUCUCCGCGAGGCAGUUGACAAAACGGGUGACGAAAAGGGAAAGCGUGUCGAGUUUGAACCAAUCCGCCUAGUGACGACAAAAUCACCGGUGCAGUACCGCUAUCCUAUUUAUUACAUAAGAAACUUCAAUGCCAAACCAUAUGAGCAGCGUCUCAGAACAAGUGCAAGCAGUUGGUGCGACGAUUCUUCCAACCCUGGAUCCGCGACAUGCGGCGUGGCGCGUGAUCGGAGAGGAGAUGUGAUUCCGUACAGUCAAGGUUUUUGCUGCUUAUGUGGCGCUUGUGCAUUGUCAGGAAUUUGCAACCCAACUAGCCGCAGCGUUGGAACUUGCAGCGUGACGGGGGAUACUGGAAUGGCAUCAUGCCUUCGUUUCAGUGACCUCUGGUACGGUGGCUAUACCAUUGGUCGAGGUGUUGUAUGGUAUGAAUUGCAGGUGAAAUUGUCAAGUGGGAACAACAGCACUGGGGGAGGCUCCACGGGCUCAAAGGAGUUCACGAUGUCUUUGGGGCCGGAUAAGUUGACCGCCACGUCGACAGAGUUCGGCGCGUCUGCACGUCUUAUAGGAGACUUCGCACCCCCAGAAAUGCCUCUUGACCUAUCGGGAAAGAUGUUGUUUAUCCCCUCUGAACCGCGGGGUCAUGAGCGAGUGGGUGCUGGGUAUAACGAAUGGAUUAUUGUUGACACCCACCUUGUUUCUAUUCGUGGCACCGAAUGUAAUAAAGUGGGCGUGUCAUAUGAGGGUUUCGCCACUCAGGGGAGCCGGUGUGACGCGUAUCCGGGCGCUUGCUUGGCGAAUCAACUGGAGGAUUAUCGUGAUCGGGACUUGGAAGCGGAGACUAAGGGGCAACAAGGGAAAUAUAUGGCUCGCUUUUUCGCUCCUUUUGGUUUUGACCCACUGGCCAAUGCCAGUGCCCCAGCUGUGGCUUACCAGGUGACAGGAACAUUAUCAACGAUGGUGACGAUAACAAUAUCCGCUGAUAAGUUAAACUUUGUGUUGUCUGUGUCCUCGGGUGUGAUUGUUGGUGCAACCGUUUCAGGGAAGGUGGUGCAUUCCUAUUCGCGGGGAAGCACCAUUACCGUGACGGUUCUUAACACUGGGGACAUCGAGGCACAGUACACGGUUGUUGUCGGCGAGUGUACGGUUAAUGUUCAGCCGAUGGUUGCCCAAACUGUGUACAUACCCCUACAAGGAUCAGCGCAGCGACGUUUCACUCUGAUCGUACAGGACAGUAUUGAGGGAGAGGCCAAAUGCAAUGCAACGCUGAGAAACGCCAGGGGCGACGUUGUGGACACCCGCGCUAUUUCGUUCGGUGUUAAAGCGCUCAAACCAAGCAAUGGCUCUCAAGGUGGCAGCACCUUUGAAAAUGGACGGUACAGUGAGGAGGCAAAGGGGGAGUCGCAGUGCCAACAGUGCAGUUGGUUCAAUCUUUUGUGUUUUCUGAGGCAUCGAUGCUGGUGGCAACCGCUGGUGUACGUCCUUCCUUCAGUGACCCUGUUAAUGCUGCUGCGCAGGUUCCUUGAGAGUCAGUCAAGGUCCCGCCCAAGACCCCAAUUACACCCUGAUGAGCAUGAACUGAGAAAUACCGGUGCCAUCUCUUCGUGCCAUCUUCCCCGCGCACCGUACGUUAACACAGUGCACUGA